CUUGAUUGGCAUGGUGAGAACCCUCAUCGAUCCGGACAGGAACCAGAGAGAUUGGGACGAGCUGCUUCCCCAUGCCAUGUUAGCUUACAGAUCAAGUGUACAGGAGUCAACGGGAGAAACUCCGGCAAUAAUGAUGUUGGGAAGAGAACUUUCAUUGCCAGUAGAUAUAUUGGUUGAGCGAUCUUCAUCUGUGGAAAAUGGAAGUGAAAUAGGAGAUUAUGCAGAGCAACUGAGAGAUAAACUUCAUGAUGUGCAUGAUAGAGCCCGAAAUAAACUUCGCUUGACGGGUGAACGCCAAGCUAAGAUGUAUGAUAGGAACACUAGACUCACCAGUUAUAAAGUUGGUGACUGGGUUUGGUUGUAUGGAAUAGAGAGGAAGAGAGGAGUGUGUCCUAAGCUAACCAUGAAGUGGACUGGUCCUUACUUAGUUAUCACUAAGCUUUCUGAUGUGGUAUAUCGAAUACAACGAAGUGAGAGAUAUUUACGAUUUACGAUGUUACUUCUUUGCAGUACAUGCAAGGCUGGUUUUACUUCACGGGCAGAGCUAAACAGACACAUGAAAGAGGCCCAUGGACGUGAACUAACUCUGAAAUGCGAGACUUGCGCAUAUGAAACCACUGAGGGGAUUAAAUUCCGUAGGCAUUAUAGGAGAACUCAUAACCUCUCCAAAAGCGAUACUUUAGCAGUGGCUUUCUCCGCGGCAUCAGAUCGUUAUACGUUGAAGCAAGAAAACCUGAGAGAGGGGAAGGAAAGGAAAAGGAAGUUGGAAGAGGAGCGAGUAGGAGAAGGAAUUGCUAAGAAGGCAAGAGAAGCAGAAAAGGAAAGAAGACAGAAGAGUAAGGAUAUUAACUCAGGAUCUAGUACCCCUCUGCCAGUACUUUCGUUGAAAUAUUUGUACGAAACAUUAUCUUUGUCUCCAGGGGACUAUUUCUCUGACUCUUUUGACAAUCAACAACCAACCCUGGAUACUGACGAUCGACGACCAACCCUGGAUACUGACGAUCGACGACCAACCCCGGAUACCGCUGAUCAACAACCAACCCUGGAUACUGACGAUCGACGACCAACCCCGGAUACCGCUGAUCAACAACCAACCCUGGAUACUGACGAUCAACAACCAACCCCGGAUACCGCUGAUCAACAACCAACCCUGGAUACUGACGAUCGACAACCUACCCCAGACGCAACUGAUGACCGACAGCCGACCCCAACUGACCCAAGACCAACACCAGACUUAGAGGAAGUAACGAUUAGUUUAAACAGAGCAGCAACAGAAAUUGGACGUAUAAAACUGGUGUCAGUGACCGUCGUAACCGAGACUUAUUAUCACGUGCACGGGAAGGAAAAAAGAGGGAAGGUAGAGACGAAAACCUUUAAUUUCGACGAAGACAGUAAUGAGGAGUAAUUUUUAUUUAUUGUGUAUUUAUAACUAUUGAGAAUUUUAAUUAUUGUAUAUUUAUUGAAACUAGCGUUUAAGCCUACAUUUAUGCUGUAUUUAA